AUGCCAUCUGCAAAUGUCGAUACUCGUACUUUUAAACAACGGAAAAGUUUUGCAACACGUAAAGAAGAAGUGGCCGGUAUACGAAGUAAAUUUCCAAAUAAAAUUCCAGUUAUUGUUGAACGAUAUCAUAAAGAAAAAGAUCUACCUGUCCUUGAUAAAACAAAAUUUUUGGUACCUCAAGAAUUGACAAUGUCACAAUUUGUGACAAUUAUUCGAAAUCGUAUGCAAUUAAAUGCCAAUCAAGCAUUUUAUUUAUUGGUUAAUAAUAAAAGUAUUGCUUCAAUGUCUACUUCUAUGGCUGAAAUCUAUCGUGAUGACAAAGAUGAUGAUGGUUUUCUUUAUAUGACUUAUGCUAGUCAAGAAAUGUUUGGUGGUCUUGAAUAA